UGCGGGCGCGGGGAAUUCCAGCUGAGGCUUCCGAGUCUGAGACCUCACGAUAGUGUCAGGCUGGGUGCCGCCCGCCGCCAUCCCAACCUGGCCUGGGAGCGCACGCGUCUUCGGAGCUGUCCGCGGCGGUGCAGUUUCCCCGGGGAGCCAACUUUAGGCCAGCUGGAGGACUGGGUGCAGGCUCGGCCCGCAAAUCGGCCCUCGGAGUCUCAGGGAGUGGAACCCGAGGAGCGCCCCCCACCCCCGCCCCCCCAGGCGCGUCGGGCCCCACCCCGCCGCACUACUCCUUAAAGGGCUUGAAGACCAGGGGCGCACGGCAGCAGCCACGGUCAUGGAGGGCGCGCUGGUGGCCAGCUGGAGCGCGGAGGCGGUCAACGGCAGCGAGGCGCCUCCGGAAGCCGAGGGCAACCGCACCGCCGGGCCCCCGCAGCGCAACGAGGCCCUGGCGCGCGUGGAGGUGGCCGUGCUGUGCCUCAUCCUCUUCCUGGCGCUGAGCGGCAACGCGUGCGUGCUCCUGGCGCUGCGCACCACGCGCCACAAGCACUCGCGCCUCUUCUUCUUCAUGAAGCACCUGAGCAUAGCCGACCUGGUGGUGGCAGUGUUCCAGGUGCUGCCGCAACUGCUGUGGGACAUCACCUUCCGCUUCUACGGGCCCGACCUGCUGUGCCGCCUGGUCAAGUACCUGCAGGUGGUGGGCAUGUUCGCCUCCACCUACCUGCUGCUGCUCAUGUCUCUCGACCGCUGCCUGGCCAUCUGCCAGCCGCUGCGGACGCUGCGUCGCCGCGCGGACCGCCUGGCCGUGCUCGCCACGUGGCUGGGCUGCCUGGUGGCCAGCGCGCCGCAAGUGCACAUCUUCUCGCUGCGCGAGGUGGCCGACGGCGUCUUCGACUGCUGGGCCGUCUUCAUCCAGCCGUGGGGGCCCAAGGCCUACGUCACGUGGAUCACACUCGCGGUCUACAUCGUGCCCGUCAUCGUGCUCGCCGCCUGCUACGGCCUCAUCAGCUUCAAGAUCUGGCAGAACUUGCGACUCAAGACGGCGGCGGCGGCGGCGGCGGCUGCAGAGGGGCCCGAGGGCGCGGCGGCGGGCGGCGCGGGGCGCGCGGCGCUGGCACGCGUCAGCAGCGUCAAGCUCAUUUCCAAGGCCAAGAUCCGCACGGUUAAGAUGACCUUCAUUAUCGUGCUGGCCUUCAUCGUGUGCUGGACGCCAUUCUUCUUCGUGCAGAUGUGGAGCGUCUGGGACGCCAAUGCGCCCAAGGAAGCCUCGGCUUUCAUCAUAGCCAUGCUCCUGGCCAGCCUCAACAGCUGCUGCAACCCUUGGAUCUACAUGCUCUUCACGGGCCACCUCUUCCACGAACUUGUACAACGUUUCCUCUGCUGCUCCUCUGGCUACCUGAAGGGCAACCGUCCGGGAGAGACCAGCGUCAGCAAAAAGAGCAACUCAUCCACCUUUGUCCUGAGCUGCCACAGCUCCAGCCAGAGGAGCUGCUCUCAGCCAUCCACGGUGUGACUGGGCUGGGCCAGGACUGCCUCCCGUGGCUCAGGUUGUGCCGACGUAGACAGUCCACCCCUUGGUGGCCGUGUGCAUGUAUGUAUAAGGUACCUUUCAGUUUGCACCCUUCCACACCUUGGGGUAGCUUGAGUGGGGUGGGAAAUUCUGGCAUGGGUUGGGAAGUAGUCUCUGUGGUGGAAGAUGAUGGGAUGACUCAGCCAUCAGACAGUUCCUGGGUCUCCCCUAGCUUCCUACGGGUGUUUAUAUACCCUGCCCCCACUCCCACCUCUGGCUGGUGCAUGGGUUGUUUUUUUUCUCCUGGACCUGUCAUUUCACUUCAGUAUCUUUUUAGUCCUUUAUUCUGGGGUCUUGUGAAAGCUGGUGAGUACAGGAUAGGUGUGUGGAAGCUUACUGUUCUGAGCUCAGAAUAAGGAACGGGAGUGGGACCUCAGAUAUGGAGGGUGGUGAUAAUAUCCUCCUGACUUCAGAGUGCUUUUACUUUUGCAUGGAACCAUCCUAGCAUCCUUGGGCACCAGCAUGUCCAAAGGUGGCCCUAGGAACAGGGGAUUCCCUUAUGAAGCCAUUUGGUAUAGGCAGUUGAUUAAAACUUGGGUUGAAAAUAUUUAAGAAGCUAAUAUUUGCAUGAAACAAUUAGGAAAGAAAAAGGAACAGAAGGCAUCCAGAUUGGAAAAGAAGAAGUAAAGCUCUUUGCAGAUGGCAUGAUUUUGCAUGUAGACAAUUCUAAGGAGUUCAUACACAUGUACAAACCCAUUAGAACGAAUAAAUGAAUUCAUCAAGGUUUCAGGGUACAAGGUCAAUAUGCAAAGACCAGUUGUAUUUCUUUAUACUAGCAAUUCACGAUAUGAAAAUGAAAUUAAGAAAUAAUCCCAUUUAUACUGGUAUAAGAAAGAAUAAAAUAGGAAUAAAUUUAACAAAAGAACUACAAGACUCAUACCCUGACAACUCAAAAUAUCAUUGAAAGAAACUGAAGAAGACAUCCUAUGUUCAUGGAUCAGAGACUUAAAUAUUAUUAAGAUGACAGUACUGUCCAAAAUGAUCUACAGAUUCAAUGCAUUCUCUUAUCAAAAUCCUAGUUGGCCUCUUUGCACAAAUUGAUAAGCUGAUCCUAAAAUUCAUACAGAAAUGCAAGGAACCCAGAAUAGCCAAAUGAUCCUUUGAAAAGAAGAACAAAGUUGGUGGAUUCACAAUUCCUGGUUUCAAAAUUUACUACAAAACUUGAGUAAUCAAAAGAGUGUGGUACUGGCAUAAGGAUAGACAUGUAGAUCAAUGGAAUAGAUCAAUGGAAUAGAAUGGAGAGUGCAGUUAUAAACCCUCACAUUUAUGGCCAAUUGAAUUUUGACAAGUGUGGCAAAAGAAUUCAGUAGGGGAGACAGUCUGCUCAACAAAUGGUGCUGGGAAAACUGGAUAUCCACAUGCAAAAGGAUGAAGUUGGUGAAGGGAAUUAAGAGGUACAAACUUCCAGUUAUGAAACAAGUAAGUCACAGUGAGGAAAAGUACAGCACAGGGAAUAUGGUCAAUGAUACUGUAAUACCAUUGUAUGUGACACAGUAAGUGUACUGUGGUGAGCAUUGAGUAAUGCAUAGAAUUGUUGGAAUUCCAUGCUGUACACCUGAAACUAAUAUAGCAUUGUACGUCAACUAUACUUCAAUAAAAAAAAGAAUGAAGCUGGACUCCUACCUCACACUGUGUAUAAAAAUAAACUCAAAAUGCUUCAAGCCCUAAACAUAAGAGCUAAAACUAUAAAACUCUUAGAAGAAAACAUAGGCGUAAAUCUUUGUGACCUUGGAUUAGGCAAUGAUUUCUUAGAUAUGAUACCCAAAAGCACAAGCAAAGGAAAAAUAGAUAAAUUAACCUCAUCAAAAAUGGGGUAUAGAAUUUUUUUGCUUCAAAGGACACUGUCAAAAAAGUGAAAAGACACCUCACAGAACGGAAGAAAAUAUUUGCAAAUCAUAUACUCCUAUCCAGAAUAUAUCAAGCACUCUCACCACUUAACAAUAAAAAGACAAAUAAGCCAGUUUUUUAAAGGGGCAAAAUAUUUGAAUAAAUAUUCCCCUCCAAGGAAGACAUAAAAAUGGCCAAUAAGCCCAAGAAAAGAUGCUCAAUAUUAUUAUUCAUUAAGAAAAUGCAUAUUCAAGCCACAGCAAAAUGCACUUCACACCCACUAAGAUGGCCGUCAUCAAAAAGAUGGGCGCUAACAGGUGCCGGCAAGGAUAGAGAGUCAUUGCAACUCUCCUACAUCCCUUGUGGGAAUAGAAAAUGGUCCAGCCACUUGGAAAAUACUUUGGCUGUGCCUCAAAAAGUUAAACAUAGAAUGACCGUAUGAGCCAGAAAUGCCACUCCUGGGUAUUUACUCAAGAGAAAUGAAAGCAUACACAAGUACAAGAACUUGUACAUAAAUGUUCAUGGCACCAUCAGUUGUAAUAGCCCAAAGUGGAAAUUACCCAGAUGCCUGUCAACAGAUGAAUGGGAAAAUAUGGUCUCUGUGUAUAGUGGCAUAGUAUCUGGCUAUAAAAAGGAAUGAAAUCCUGGCACAUGCUGCAACAUGGAUGACCCUUGAAAACAUGAUGCCAAGUGGGAGAAGCCAUUGCAGAAAGCCACAUACUGUAUGGUUCCGUUUUUGUGACAUGUCCAGAAUAGGCAAAUCUAUAGAGAAAGUUAGAGGACCGUGCUGGCCAGGGGCUGCAGGCUGGGCUGAAUGGAGAGUGAAUGCGAAUAGAUGCCAGGUUUUAUUUGGGGCGGGGGUGAUGACAACUUUCUAGAAUUAGUGAUGAUGGUAGGUGAGUUUUUAGAAUAUGCUAAAACCACUGAAUUGAACAUGUGAAAGAAGUUAACAACAACAACGAAAUGUUAACCAACCGAAUUCAGAGGUGGCCAGCAGGAAGGAUGAAUUCCUUAGAAUCUCCCUGAGCUUCUGUUUCUCUCUGUGACUCACCAUUUAGGAGGAAUAGUUACUCAGUUUUUCCGCAAGAGUUGAUGUUUCCAGUUUGGAUGAAGAUGCUACUGGUGGUAAUCCCCCCAUCCCGCUCUAGGAAAGGCACAAGUGAAGUCUUGUGGCUGCACACUGUUGUGUUUUAUUUACAAGAGCAAUUCACCAAAGGUCUCAAAGGUUUUACUUACCUGGUAAACACAGUCUCACGUGUCCUCUCGGGCUUUAGGAAGGAUAUGACCGUGCCCAAAAAACUACCUUUGGUUGUUAAAUACAGGAUGUUCUAGAUCAGAGGUUACUUGAUGGGGACUGGCCGGCUCAUUAGUACUCUGGGGCACUUUUUAAAAAGAUUUUUUUACAUAUUUUUUGGACUGUAAUACAAACAGGCGCACUUCCGCAAAGCCAUAGAUUCACUCUCUCUAUACACUGUCCUCUCCUCCCUGCACACUGCGUUAUGCACACAUGUACACGCCCACACAUUUAUGCACAUGGUCUAGGUGUUCAAGGAGAAGAGAGGCAUGCACCGAAACUCCAGUACUCAGAUUCUUACUGUUUAGUACAAGAUCUUCAGUACUAACUGGACACUGAAGACUGUAUUAUCUUUAGACCCAGAGACAGUGUUGCUGUGACAUGUCCCAAGAGUGUCAACACCAGUCAGUCCUGCUCUUUGGGAAGCUAACGGAAUGCUGGUUGGGGGUCUCGUGGCCAUGCUUGGGACCACUGGGGCACUCUGGGUGCACAUGCAGCCAUGGUGGGGUCUGUUGGCAUUUGAGCCUCCCUGCUCACCAGCCAGAGAUGCCCUCUCCUCCACUGUUCCCGGGGAAGUUGCUACCCUAGCAGCUAACAGAGGCCACUGGGGAUCAAGGGGACAGCAAUUCACAGAUUUUUCUGACUAGGGGCACAACCUUCUUGAGCACCCUGGAGAUGCAAGGUUCUUGGGCACUAGAACCAGCAAAUCAGUGGCAUUGGAUUUCAGCAGCACCCGUGGCUCUAUACCCCUCCCCUCCCAAUCUUGUGCUGGAGAAUAUCUUCAUUGUCUCAGUCUUUCUCUAACCGAGCCUGGAAGCAUGAGUGCAGGGUCCUGAUCACUGUCUGGAGCCGGUUGUUUCUGUCCUCCUUCCCCAAACCCCACGCCCGAGGUCUGCAUACCACUUUCUCCCACAGUGUCAGACCUGUUGGCAAACCAAAGGCAUGGCUGGAGGUGCCAGUCAAUUGGAACAUGUAGGUUUUCUUCUGGAAUGUUUCAUUAUUCCAAUGGUCAAAAGUGAAAUGUGAACACUUGAAGACUCUGAGCCUUAUUUCUUUCGGCCCUGAAAAAAUAAUUUCUCACACAGUUUGUGCUCCUUUGGGGAUGGAUCUGUGGGUUACAACUGCAGGAGGCUGCCUUUUACAAAGAUCCUGGUUUCAAAGUCCUUAACCUUUUCUAUUCAAUUGCAAUGAAACAACACUAAAUGCAAAAUGUGGAUUCCUCGCUUUUGUUCUACUGUGGUGAUUUUUGCGGUACCCUCGUGGACUGUGCCUUUCAGUGAAUGGUGUGGCUAAUACCAAGAUGUCUGCUUCAUCAACUGCUUUAUAAAAGGCGCACUGAAUAAACAAUUUUUUUUCAUAUGUUGCUUUGCCCUCUUUCUCCCUCCCUAAAACAGUGAUCGUGUCUGGUGGCUUGUGGACUUGGAUUCCCCUGCAGGAUGGCAGAGUUUUCUGCCUGAUUAUGACAGAAGAA